GGCAGGUGUGCGCUGUAGCUGUGAACAGACAUGAGGACUCUCAGAAGCGGGGCGAACUUUCCACACACACUCCCGUUAUUUCAAACGCUGAGCGUCUCCCAGCUGAACUAUGGCCCUUAAGUGCGUGGGCAGGUGCGUGGUGCUGUUUUGUCUCGCGGUGUGCUUCGACGUCAUCGGACUCGUGGUGCUUCUAAUCGGUAUCUUCGCCAACCUGCAGCUGGACGGCCGCUUCUACGGGGACUUUCUCAUCUACACGGGCUCCAUCGUCGUGUUCCUCAGUCUUAUCUGGUGGAUUCUGUGGUACGCGGGAAACGUGCAGCUGGUGCUCGAGGACCCGCACGCGCUCAAGGCGGACCGCUUCGCGCGCUGGGCGCGAGAGCUCUCCACGCGGCUCUCCAGAGGCGGGCUGAAGACGCUGGAAGUGAAGGAGAGGUACCUCGGCGGGAGGGAGCCCGCAGCAGGGACGCUGCCGGUUGCGGUUUCCGCGCACGCCCCCACGCGUCUCACGUGGGAGAGCAACGCCGGGUGCUCCGGGUUAGAAAAUUGGGGCUACGACGCCGACCUGGACGAGCCGGCGCGAACGGAGAAAACGUUGGAGCUGGGGGUCCUGAAGAAGAACGCGGGGGUGAUGCAACCGAGCAUUGCGGUGAACAAGGUGGAGAGACUGCUCUGACACACACAGCUUUUUGUUGUCAAGAAACUCCAGGAGCAACUCAGGUUGAGAUUUCUGCUGCUGGGUAUUAAUCAUUAACUAUUUAAAGAUGACUGAAGAUGGCACAAUACUUCGAAAAAGACUGUGCAAAGUCAGUACUUCUCGCUCAGGGACAGCAGUCACUGGAAUUCAACAUGAAGGAAGGGACAGGGUGAUAGAAUGUUUUUGGUUGUACAUGCUGCAUAUCAUGUAAACUGUACAGAAGUUUUAAAUAUUUAAUCUAUGUACAGAAUGUAUGUUUGAAAUAAAGUCUUAUU